AUGCUUAUUCGCGCCUUGCUCUUCCUUGCUGGCCUAAGUGCUCCCUUAGUCGCACAGGCCAAGGUGAACCCCAUCAUUGUUAAGGGAAAUGCUUUCUUUGAUUCGGUGACCAACGAGCGGUUUUUCAUUCGAGGUGUUGAUUACCAGCCCGGAGGUUCUUCUUCUCUUAUUGAUCCUCUGGCAGCUGAGUCUUGCGUGAAGGACAUUAAGGUGUUCAAGGAUCUUGGUAUUAACACUAUUCGUGUGUACCAGGUUGACAACUCUGCCGACCAUGACUACUGUAUGAAGGCAUUAGAUGAUGCGGGCAUUUACCUGCUUCUGGAUCUUAAUACCUUCCGUCAUUCGAUUUCCCGUUCAGAACCUGCCCUGUCAUACAACCAUGUUUACCUCCAGCAUCUUUUUGCAACGGUUGACGUGUUCAAGAAGUAUGACAACGUGUUAGGUUUCUUCUCAGGAAACGAGGUCGUCAACGAUGAGGACACAACAGCCAUUACUUGGGUUAAGGCUGCUACUCGUGAUGUGAAAGCUUAUAUUAAGGCCAAUUCUAAGCGUCAAAUUCCCGUUGGUUAUUCUGCUGCAGAUGUCGCUGAAAACCGGUUGGAGCUUGCGCACUACUUCAAUUGUGGAGAGGACAAUGAACGUGCAGACUUUUACGCCUUCAACAUGUACGAGUGGUGUGGCUAUUCGAGCUUGCUAAUUUCUGGAUACCAAGACCGUGUACGUGAGUUUGCCAACUACUCCAUUCCUCUCUUUCUUUCCGAGUAUGGCUGCAACGCCGUUGAGAUCAACGAGGACAUGACUCCUAAUCGUCCAUUCACCGAGGUGGAGGCAAUUUACAGCCCGCCCAUGACAGACGUAUUUUCGGGAGGACUGGUGUACGAGUACACGGCCGAAUCGAACAACUACGGACUCGUCGUCAUAAACAAGGAUGGUGAACGCCAGUACUCUCGCAACUAUUACACCCUGCGUAAACAGUUCAAGAAAUACGGCCAAGCCUCUAAUGGUAAAAAGUAUUUGGAGAACGGUAAGCCCAGCGUAUGUCCGCCCAACUCAACGAACUUUACUUCGUGGGCCGUCUUGCCAGAGAUGCCCGAAAAGGCCAAGGUUUACUUUAAGAAGGGAGCUGGUCGGCCACUCGGUAUCGAGGGCCCCACGAACAUGUGGUCCGUCUUCCAAUGGGGCGAAGAAGAAGGUGAGGUGCCUAAGGGUAAAUCAAAGCCCACUCCAGUCCUCGUUAACACAACUCACGAUGACGAGUCUCAUGUCUCGAGCGUUUCGGCUUCGGUCGAUGCAACUAGUGAUGGAGAGCAACUCCGUGUUAGUACAUUGAAGGUGCUGAUUACGACUACCCUUCCUCUGUUGUUGCUGUGGUUGUUUUAG